UCAUUGUGGGAGCAGAGUAUUGUGUGGGGGCACCAUGAUUCAUUUCGGUUCGGUCGCAUGGUGUGGCUCAUGGCCCUAGGAAAAGUUCUUGGGGGUGAAGAACGCGUCAAGGCAAUGCUCACGGGUCAGGGCGUCUCACUCAUACUCAAAUCAGCAAACAUCAAUUUUAGAAGACCAGUAACGUUUCCUGACACACUUUUGAUUGGUCAAAGACCGAUCACCUCUUCGAGCCGCACGCAGUUCACUCUGAACACUGUGCUUUAUUCGUAUGCACAACAAGCGAUCGUUGCGGACUCGGAUAGCGUGCUUGUUUGGUACGACUACGAUAGCCUGAGGAAAUGCGACCCUGGGAAUGACACAUGGCGCAUUAUGAAGGCUGCCUCGCACGAUGGUCAAGUAGAGGGCUGAUUUCCAUACGCUUCGACUGAGCUCGGACUUGAUAUAUGAAUGGUAGAUUGGUUUACUCUUGAAUAUUCGACGAAGGAGCGGCGGCGACCGGCAAUCAUCAAUGUACAGCGUUAGCAUAAAUGUGCCUGCCUCUGGCAGACUGAACUAGGGUGUGGCCUCGACGAUCCUGCUGACUAAUGGGUUGGGUUGUUUGCCUGGUGCCACUAGUACACCCCUUCGCUGGGU